AUGCCCUCCUCCGCCCCCCUCAUCCCCCAUCGCUCCAAGGCAAACACCCACAAGCCCGAAAUCCCAAUCAGCUAUGACAUCAACAUCCCCUAUGUCGAUGUCGACAAGCAAUCUAAAAUCAACACCCCCUACCCGCAAUACCUGCCAACCUGGGAUCCAAUCUGGUUCGAUCCACUCCCACCCUUCGACUACCAUGACCCAGCGCUCCGCGCCAACAAAACCAAAUCAGCCCUGCUGAACGACAAUGUCAAACUAAACCACAUCCAACCAAACAUCGGCACCGUCGUCGAAGGCCUCCAACUCAACCAACUGACCGACACCCAAAAAGACGAACUCGCCCUCCUAAUCUCGGAGCGCAAAGUCCUCGCUUUCCCAAACCAAGACCUAAUCGACGACGGUCCCGACGCGCAAGAAUCAUUCAUGCGCUACUUCGGUAAACCAAAUUACCAGCCCGUUUCGGGGACAAUCAGAAACCACCCCGCCUUCCACGUCAUCCAUCGUGACGGCAACCGCGACGAAAUCGCCCGCUUCCUCGAAGCUCGCACGACAACCACCCUCUGGCACCAGGACGUCAGCUAUGAGAUCCAGCCGCCAGGCUACGUAAUGCUGGGCCUUCUGCAAGGCCCAGAUGUGGGCGGCGACACCGUCUUCUCCGCCACCGAUAUGGCGUAUAAACGGCUCUCGCCGACCCUGCGCGGGUUCCUGGAUACGUUGAAGGCGGUGCAUUCGUCUGCGAAGAUGAUUGCGCAUACCCGGUUGACGGGUGGUCUUGUGCGCAAAGAUCCGGUUGAUAGUGUCCAUCCGCUUGUUCGGGUUCAUCCUGUUACCGGGGAGAAGUGUUUGUUCCUCAAUCAGGAGUUUAUUACCAAAAUUCAGGGCAUGAAGGAGCCUGAGACGAAGUGGAUGCUUGAUUUCCUUAUGAAUCAUAUAAUUACCGGCCAUGAUUUCCAGGCUCGUGUGCGCUGGCAGCCGAGGACUAUUGUUAUGUUUGAUAAUCGGUCUACUACCCACUCGGCUAUCGUCGACUACCUCGAUGACGAGUACGGCGCCAAGGCCCGGCAUAUCUUCCGCCUGAUUGCGCUGGGCGAGAAGCCGAUUCCGGUGUAUGACGAGUUCGAGUAA